CCCCUCAAUCUAGUAUCGCUGCUGUGAGCUGGGAUGUUACGGAACUCGACAUGAAGUCUAUUCGGCUUCAUUUCCAAGACGAAAAUUACACUUUGAGGGAAUACGUCGGUAGUUUCAAUGGGUCCUGGACGUUGAACCCUCCGUCUGGAUUUCAGAUCCCUGCUUCUGGCCCUCUCGGAUCAUUGGCGGCGGUUGUUUGGGUUGGUGGCGGCGUUCAGAUUCGCGUGUACUAUCAGGAUGCCUCUAAAGGAAAACUCUUGGAGCUACAGUACUCGAACAGUGCAUGGAACACCAACGCUUUCCCGUAUGAAAUACUCGCGUGGUCCGAUGCGGUGGCCACCGUGCAGCAGAUCGCACCCGGCUUCGUGAUCAACAUCGCAUGGGUCGGGCCCGAUCAACUGGUGCAUCAUCUGGCCUGGGAUCCGUCUCAGAACUCCUGGAUCGGGCCCUUGACGCAGUCCUUCGUAACGAAGGGCCCGCUUGUAGGACAUCCGGUGGUCAAUACUUUUACGUCCUUCAACGAUCUCAAAGGUGGUGCUGGAGUGAAAGUCAUUUCGAAGGUCCGAGUCUCUUCGUCUGCUGUGAUCAACGGCUUUGCUUUCGACUUCGCCGAUGGCACCUCCACUCCGUGGCGCGGAAGUCAGAGCGCUGACCCUGUCAGCGAAUUCGCCCUGAACGCGGGUGCGUGCGAGGGAUUCACCGAGAGUUCAUCCACUCCACGCGCGAGGACAGGAGAGACUAUAACCUUUGUUCUCGUCGUAUAUGACGGCUUCAACGUUCGACGACUGGAUCUCGUCACCUCGACCGGGCGCCAGUCCGGCAAUUACGGAAACUCGAGCGCGGAUCCUAUCAUCUUGCACCAGGGUACCGCUCUACGUGGCUUCAGCGGCGCGUUCGGAAAGAUCGCAAUGGAGCCGAGUGUGUUCAUCAAAUGUCUCCAGCCGAUAUGGGCCACUGACUGAGAACGGCCCCCGGGCCUCGUGAAGGCUGAUCUCGCGGAUAGCAGGUGGAGGUCUACGGAUCCGCUUCUGAAUCCUGUUGGCCGUUCAAGGACUCGCCGGAUGUAUCUUGAUUGUGUGUGGCAACGAGGAUAUGAGACGACGUGUACAAGUUUCGAGAAUCUGAUGUGCAUCGCGCGC